AUCUUCCCCCGUCCAAUGGGAUUUUGCGGCGGAUCCUAGCACGAGAAACGGCUCGUCUUUCACCACUACAGUCCUGCGCAGUGCACGUUUGGCCUCCCUGGAACCGCGUUUUGUUGCCGUCGGGAUUGACGUGGAUGACGCGGAGUUCGCUGAUGAUGCGGCUUCUUCAUCCCAACCUCCACUACCGGCCGGCCCUUUAACCGUCCCCUAUGGCUUCAUCUUGGACAACGUUGACAGUGCAUUAGUAGUCGGCAAACUGGAGGUCUUGUCUAACCCGCGAGUUCUACCCUUUCCCGAUGACCUUCGGAUCGAGCCUUUGGCGUUAAGCCCGGAUGAAGAUAAAGAUGAGUCAGCCGCUUCUGCUCUCGUAAACAGUUCUGCUGUUUUGCCUUCACGGGACCAUCAUCUGCUGCGUCUCCAUGGUCAUUUUGAGAGCUUGGUCAAGGCGCCAACCCUGCAGUCGCCGGAGGAACUCUCGGUUCGUAUUGGUAACUCGCACGAAUGCCACGUAACAGCGGUGACAGCAGAGGAAUUGCGCUGCGACCUCAGUCGACAGGGCCUGCAGGAGGACGAAGAGUACGAGGUGAAAGUUCGGUUUGGACAGUAUUUGGAGGAACGACCCGGACGCAUCCAGUUUAAGCAGAUUUCCAUCUUUGGCGAUGGUGGUAGGCUAGGCAUUAUCGUCGGCGGUGUCCUCGUAGUCGUCUUUGUCCUGCUAUCCUUCAUCAUCUUCGUGAUUUGGUGUCGUUUUCAUCGUCUUGAACGGAACCUUGAAGUUAAGUUCCAGCAGCGUUGGGCAGAACAGGAGAAAUGCGUUGCUCGAGCCUUCAAACAGGACUUUAUGGAACUGCAGACACACAUGGUGGAAUUUGCGCAGGAUCUGAAUAAGAACAGCCUGCCCUUCCGUGACUAUCAAACAUACUGCCUUUUCUCCCUGUUUCCCGAUUACCACAACGAGCUCCAACGUCCCAGAAGUCCACACUGCAUUCCAAUUACUCCGUCUUUACGAGGAGCCCACUCGAACGGCGGCGGUGUCGUGGCUGACAUGACAGCUUCGCUUGCCAACCCAACGCUCGGACACCCACUUUCCUCUUCAUUCCACGUGAGUUCUACUUUCCUGAUGGAAAUGUGUCUACGAGUAGCGAGGGACUAUAGUUGUCUUUGCUGGCAAUACUAUUUGCCUAAUUCCAGCUGUUACGGCUGCCAGGGCCUCUGUUAA